UAAUGCUCCCUUAACGCUACAGCCAAGCACAAGAAUUCGUCCAAAGUAAUUCAUAUCGAUCAGUUGGUUUUGUGGUUUGAAAUCCUGAUUUUUGCAGCCAUGGGAGUGGCGAUAUCUCGGUUUGUGAGGAUGCUGUUUGCAAAGAAGGAAAUGAGGAUUUUAAUGGUGGGUCUUGAUGCUGCUGGAAAAACAACUAUUCUGUAUAAGUUGAAGCUUGGAGAGAUUGUCACCACCAUACCCACCAUAGGUUUUAAUGUGGAAACGGUUGAGUACAAGAAUGUUAGCUUUACAGUGUGGGAUGUUGGAGGCCAAGACAAGAUUAGACCUCUAUGGAGGCACUAUUUUCAGAACACACAAGGUCUUAUCUUUGUGGUGGACAGCAAUGACAAAGAAAGGAUAUCAGAAGCUAGGGAUGAGCUUCAUAGGAUGCUCAGUGAGCAUGAACUGGUUGAUGCAACUGUGCUCGUGUUUGCUAACAAGCAAGACCUUCCAAAUGCUAUGACUGUUGCCGAAAUCACUGAUAAACUCGGUCUUCACUCGCUCCGACAUCGUCGCUGGUACAUCCAGGCUACUUGUGCCACUUCAGGCCAAGGACUGUAUGAAGGUCUUGACUGGCUGUCUAGCAAUAUCUCAAACAAGGCCCAAUCUCAGUUGUUUUGAUAAACAUCUUGGGGGAAAGCUCUUUAAGUGAAGCCAGAAGGAAACCUAAAUAUGUAACUGAUACCUGUGCACUCUGAUCUGCAGUGUUUGAGCUCUCAUGUUUUUGUGUAAAGUUUUGGUUUGAGAUCCAAGAAAAAUAUGUACAAAAGCACAAAUAAAUGUGGUUCGUAUGCGUAAAUCUUGUUGUAACGUUAAAAUCCAUUGCCAUUGAUCAGAGAGUUUUCUGUGAUCUUCAUUAUCUUGGGAGGAUUCCUUGUCCACCCUUUUGUACUCUUCCACUGUUAAGGGUUUUGUUGUUGUUUCUUAUCCCCGAGGUUGGUGCCCCAUGUAUUCUUGGAA